CCCUUUCUAUUAUCACGUCAAAUUAUCCUUACAAACAGUGGAAACUAUGGGAAGAGCUUGGGCUAUUAAAUACACAAGGAGCUCGUGCCGAGCUUGAGGGUCAGCCGAACUUCAAUGCGGCGCACUGCCCAAGAUAGUGGUGUGACGCUUGCAUACGGGGAGAGCGAGAGCGCGGACGCGGGAGAUGUAAUCGUCGCGCCUCGCGACGCCACCACCAACGGCGAUCUAGGCGCCGACGAUGCCGUCACGGUGGUUGUGUGGCUAGAUCCGGCAGGACCGCGGGCAUGGGCGCACCGUCGCAGCCUCUUACACAGUGCCCAUGCGCGCCAACAGCCCGGCGGCGGCGGCGGCGGCAGCGGCAGUGGCGGCGGCGGCACCACCGCCGGCGGCCGCCGCCUCUGGGCAGCCUCCCGCAGCGGGGCCGCCGUCGCAGCACACCCACGUGAGGUGCUGGCCCUGCAUUCGGCGGCCAGCGAGUCCCUAGCUGCAUACCUCAUGCAGCGGGCCGGCAGUAGCAGCAGCGCUUUCGGCAGCGCCGGCGCCGGCAGCAGCAGCAGCAGCAGCAGCGGUGGCGGCGGCGGCGGCUGUAGUGGCCAUGGUGAUGUGGUGGAGCGCGGCGGCGGUGCCGGGCGUGAGAGCGGGGGCUGGCGCCUGUGGGGCGCUGCCGGCGGCCGGCCGUGGCGCCUGGACGCGACCAGCCGCGGCGGUCCUUCCAGCGGCAGCAGCCAUGGCUGGGCGAGCGGCAGGAGCUACAGCAGCAGCAGCAGUAGUGGCAGCAGCAGUAGCGGCCAGGGCGGGCUGGGCGGGUCCAGUCCGCAGCCCGCCGCCUCAUCAACGGCAAACUCUCACCAGCAGCACCAGCAGCAACCUGCCCGGGGCGGCGUUAGCCCGGUGCCGCUGCCGCUGCCGCUGCCGCUGCCGGCGCCGGCGGCCCCACUGGGCGCGGCAGGCUCACAGCCGCAUCCGCUGCCGCUUUCUGUGCCAGUGCUGGCGAUUGGGGACGUGUUCCUGUCCUGUAACACGGUGGCAGGGCUGGAGCACGCGGACGACUGGGACCUGGACCGCCUGGGUAGUGGCCUUUUGGACCGCCACCGGCAAGCUGCUACAGCAGCAACAGCAGCAGCAGCAGGCACAGCAGCAGUAGCAGCAGGUGAUGGCAGUAGCAGUAGCAGCCGCAAGGACGGCAAAGACGGCAGCAGCAGCAGUAGCAGCUCUGCCGCUGCACCGGACGCCUUGCCAGCCGGCACCUCACAGCUACAACAGGCGCAGCCACACAAGCAGCAGCAGCAGCAGCAGCAGCAGCAGCAGCAGCAGCAGCAGCAGCAGCAGCAGCAGCUGCAGCAGCAGCAGCAGCAGCCACAGCAGCAGGCGCAGCAGCAGGGGCCGGCGCAGCAGGGGCGGCCGGCGGUGGCUGCUCUGGACCCGGCGGCGGAGCUGCUGCUGCGCAUGUCUGCGCCGGUGGACGGGCGGCGGCUGCUGUUCGUGAGCAAGGAGGGCGCGGAGCUGGUGCGGCGGGCCAUGAUACUCGCCAGGUAUGACGAGAUCAUGGAGGAGCGGCGGGCAUCUGGCGGCGCCACCUCCACCUCCUCCGCCUUCACGCCAGCGCCCACAGCCGUAUCCAGCGCCCGGGCCGCCGCCGCCGCCGCCGCCGCCGCCGCCGCCGCCGCCGCCGCCGCCGCCGCCGCCACCCCCGCCCCCGCCCCCACGGCUGCCGGCGCCAGUGCCGCCGGAUCCGCCGGCGCGUCGGGCCGUGAAGGCGGCGACGCGGAUGCCAAGCCCUUUGCUGACGACGGCAGUGGCACUGGCAGCGGCACUGACGACAGAGAGGCGCUGCUGCACCGCGCCAAGGCAGAGGGCAGGGCCGCGGGGGAGCGGCUGCUGCGGUGGGCGGCGCCGGCAGCCAAUGUGCUUGCUGCCCUGGCGAUGGGCGAGUUCCCCUCCCCACACACACUCGCGCGGGUGGCGGCGGUGGCUGCGGCGGCGGAGGCGGCGGCGGAGGAGGCAGCGGAGGCAGCAGAGGCGGCGGCGGGCAAGGAUGGCGGCGACGGCAAAGGCGGUGCAUCACAAGGCGGCGCCUCAUCCGCACCAACAUCAACAUCAACACCAACACCAACACCGCCAUCCACAACGGCAGGGGCGCCCCCGUCUUCGGGUAGCGGGGCGCCCCAACAGGACGGCAGUAGCAGCACCACCACGUCCGGAAGCAGCGGCAGUAGCAGUAGCAGUAGCAGUAGCAGUAGCAGCGGGAGCAGUAGCAGCUCGGGCACAGUCGGCAACAGCAGUAGCAGCAACAGCAGCAGCAGUAGCACUCCAGUGGUGAGGGCCCCGGGUUCCCAACCUUGGCCCGGAGUGACUGGCGCCGGCACCGGCGAGCAUGGCACCGGCAGUAGCAGCAGCGCCCCGCCCGACGGCAGUAGCAGCAUCGCAACCAGCACAAGCAGCGGCAGUAGCAGCCAUGGAGGCGGCAAGGGGCUGGCCGAUGCCGUUAAGGGAGGCUUGGAGGCGGUGGGGCGUGGAGUGGGUCUUUUGCUGGGCAUCGGGUCGAUCGACGUCGACGGCGCCACGGAGCCGCGGCCGCGGCUGCCGGCGGCGCCGCUCACGCACGCCAUGCAGUUGCCGAUUGUGCAGAAGGCGCCGCCGCCGCCGCAGCAGCAGCAGGCACAGGUGGCGGCGGUGGCGGGCGCGGGGGCAUCCACGGGCAGCGCAGGCGGAGGGGGUGGUGGAGCGGGUGGUGGAGCGGGUGGCGGCAAGCCGGCGGCAGUGCUGACGGCGGCGCAGCGGGUGGUUCAGAAUAGCGACGCCCUGAUUGCGGAGCUACGCCGUCUGGAGGAGGAUCGGGUCAUUCGGGACGCGGAGGCGAUCCUGGCAACGUUGAAGGGCGCAGGCGGCGGCAAGGGCGCCGCUGGCGACGACCGCGGCGCCAGCAGCAGCACACGCAGCCGCCCCGGCAGCCAUGCCCGUACAAGCAGCAGCAGCCAUGGCAGCAGCAGCAGCAGCAAUGGCAGUAGCAGCCAUGAUGGCGCCGCCACCGCCCUCGCCCCUACCCCUAGCAGCAGCAGUAGCAGUAGCAGCACUAGCACUAGCAGCAGUAGCACGGACGGCUUCCUGCCGCCCUUCAGCUUCAGCAGCUACGUGGCGCGGCUGCCGCUGGAGGCGGCCCUGCGCUGCCUGCUGGCCGGCACCACAGCCGCCGGAUCUGGAUCUGGAUCCGGAUCCGGAUGCACCCCGGGCGUCAGCUCCGGAUCCAAUUCCGGAUCCGGCUCCGCCGCCGGCGCCGGCGCAGCGGAGGCGCAGCCACUGCAGCGGAGGCGGUUCCUGCUUGUGCCCGACGCCGCAGACGAAGAGGCGGUGGAGGAGGCGGCGGCGCUGGGCGGUGCGAUGGGGGAGGCGAUGGAGGCGGCGGCGGCGGCCGAGGCGGCGGCGGCGGCCACGCUGGCGGCGGCGCGGCGGGAGGAGCGGGCGCGGCGGCGGCAGGCGGCCGCGAGGGGGGCUGGGGGCGGCCGGGAGGAGGAGGAGGACGAUGGGAGUGAGGAGGAGGCAGGCACCGACGUGGCGGCAGCGGCGGCGGCGGCAGCGAAGGGAUCGGUUGCGACGGCCAUGGAGCCGCGGAUGGCGCUGAACGUGUACGACAGCUCGCGGCGGCACUGGGCUCUGGAUGUGGUGGACGCGGGGCCGCUGCCGGCGGCUGUGCCGUUGUCCGCUGCAGCGGCGGCGGCGGCGGCGGCGGCGGCGGCGGCGGCGGCAGCGGCAGGAGCGGGAGGGGCUGGCGGGGGUGGCGGGGCGGCGGUGGCUGCGGACGCGGCGGCAGCACUUGCCGCCGCGCGUGCCGGUCUUGCCAGGGCCGCGUCUAGCAGUAGCAGUAGCAGUAGCAGCAAUGCCGGCGGCAGUAGCGGCAGUAGCGGCAGUAGCGGCGACCUGCCGGGCACGGGCAAGACCAGCGGCCCGGCCGCACCGCGGUCACAGCCGCCACCGCCGCCGCCGCCAUCGCCAGAGCCAGAGCCGCAGUCGCAGUGGCGGUCGCAGUCGCAUUCGCGGUUGCAGUCGCAGCCCCAGUCGGAGCCGCCCCAGUCUUCCGCGGGGCCGCUGGAGGGGCCGGCGGGGCCGUGGGUUGCGGUGGAGCCGCAGCGCAUGUUGGUGGGCGCGCCGCGAGGGCCGGCGGACAGCAUGGGUCCCGCGCUGGGGAUCACCUCCACCUCCUCCUCCGAGGAAGCCGACGAUGCAGACGACGACGACGACGCAGCCCCCGCCACCACCACCACCUCCCCCACCACCACCACCACCUCCACCACCACCACCACCACCCACAGCACCCACAGCACGCACAGCACCACCACCGAGCUGGCCGCGCCCCGCACGCCGGCCUUCCUGGUCCCCGGCCUCACGCUGAGCGUGCGCGCCGCCGACGGCUCCGUGCUGCGGCUGCGGCCCGCCUUCCUGAGCCUGCAGCAGCUGGCGGCGGCGGCGCGGCUGGCGGGCGACCUGGCGGCGCUGAGCUGGCGGCGGCGGCGGGCGGCGGCGCGGUGGAAGGUGGUGGCGGCGCUGGACGUCAUGACAGUGCACACCGCGGGCUUCCCCAUCCUCCGAAUGCCGGGCUCGGGCCCCGGCGGCCGCCAGCCGCCGCCAGGCGGCGGCGGCGGAGGCGGAGGCGGCGACCCGCAGCAGCAGCAGCCGGGUGAUGAGGAUAGCGAUGACGGACUGCCCGAGGCCAAGGAGCUGCUCAGGGAGCUGGGAGCUGCGGCGCAGGGCCGGCGGUCUCAGGCCAAUGCCGCCCCCGCCCAUGGUGCGGAGCCGCCUCCCUCGGGGCCGCUGCGGCUGCUGGCGACGCUGGGCGUGGGCGUGCUGAGCUGGGCGGGCUGGUGGCUGGCCUCCGGGGCGGACCUGGCGGAUGAGUGGUGGAGCCGCACACCCUGGGGCCUGGAGGAGAUCGGUGUGCCGAAGCAUGUGGCGGUACGGCCCGUACUUCUCGAGGACCACGUGGCCCAACUGGCAGCCGCCAACGGCCCGGCGGUUGCGGCGGCGGCGGCGCGGCGGGCGGCGGCGGCGGAGGCGGCGGCGCAGCGCGCGCAGGAGCGGCGGCGGAAGCACCAGCAUAAGUCGGAGAAGGCAAAGGGUGCGGCGGUGCCGGCUGAAGGCGGUAGUGGUGCUGCUGGGGCUGCUGGGGCUGUUGGUGGUGGUGGUGCUGGGGCUGGUGCUGGGGCUGGGGCUGGGGCUGCUGCCGCCGUGUCUGGAGGGUCAGAGCAGCUGCCGCCGACCCCGCCGGCGGCCCACGAGGCACCCGCCGCCAGCGCUAGCACGAGCGGCGGCGGCGGCGCCAGCACGGGACCCGACACCCGCCCACAGCCGCCCGAACCCAACCACACAACGGCCGCUGCAGCCACUCCUGCCGCCGGCACCACGCCAUCCCCUUCCGCGCCCGCUGCUGCCACCAGCCCCGCCAAGGGCAAGAAGCGGCAGGGCGCCGCCGCCGGCGGCGCAGCUGCUACAGCCGCCGCGGCCGUAGCCGUGCCUGGCGGCGCGCCGGGCGGCAUUGUGCUACAGCCUGCAACGCUGGCGGGGCUCGAAUGGCUGUUGCAGUUAAGUUGGGUGGUUGUGCAUGCGGCGCAGUCCGCCGUACGGCAAGUGGAGGAGGCGGGCGGGGAUGUCCUGUUCGGUACGGAGGGCGGCGGCGGCGCCGCCGCCGCCGCCACUGACCUGUACUUUGGCGGCGCCGCCGCCGCCGCCAUCGCGAGCAUGCUGGCGGUUGACGACGACGCACUCACGCGGCGUCUGGGCCUUGGCGGCGGCGGUGGCGGCGGCGGCGGCGGCGGCAUCACAUCCCUGACGGCGAGCCAGGAUGGGGAGAUUGGGCUGACAGCUAGGCUGUCCAUGCGCCCACCGGCUGGCGGCGCCGCCAGCGCGGCUGCAACCCGGAUGGCGAGCGCGGCGGCCGCGGCGGCGGCGGUGGCCGGCCAGGCGGCAGCAGAUGAGGCUGCUGCGGCGGAGCAGGCGCCGAAGGCCGGCGCGCCCUCUGCGGAGCAGCAGCAGCAGCAGCAACAACAGCAGAAAGGACAGGGGCAGGGCGAGGCGGGUUCGCCAGGAGGCGCGGACGGCGCGGGGGCAGGUCCAGCAGCAGGGGCGCCGCCUGCCGCGCCGGCGGCGGCGGCAGAUCAGCAGCCACAGCCGGCGGCGGGUGCGGGUGCAACUGGCAGUAACGGAAGUCCCAGUGGCGGCGGCGGCGGCAGUGGCGGGCUAAACAUUCGGGACCUGGGCCCGCAGCUGACUCAGCCCGCGACGCGCCUUGCGGGGCAGGCCGCGCGGCUCUGCACCCUGGAGGUGGGCCUGCACGUGCACCUGCGCAAGCUGCUGGCCGGCGGCGGCGGCGGCGGCGGCGGCGGCCUGGCGCCGGACGCGCCCGAGCCCUUGCUGGAGCGGCAGCAGCCCGCAGGGCCCAGCCUUGCGGCGGCGACGGCGGCGGCAGCCGGCGGGACGGGGGCAGCCUGGACGGGGGCAGGCGGGACGGGGGCAGGCGGGACGGGGGUGACGGGGGUGACGGGGGCUGGUGAGAAGAGCGGCAGCGGGGGUGAUGGUAGCACCAGUGGCGGCAGCGGCGGCAGUGCGCAGGCGCCUUCCGAGCUGGGGUCCGCUGCCGGCGAUGCAGCGGCGGCGGCGGCGGCGGCGGCGGCGGCGGCGGCGCCUGCCCCGGCGCCGGCGACGGCGACAGGAAGCCAUGCCGCCAACGGCACAGCCCAGGCGGCCGCUAGCACCCCCACCACCACCACCACCGCAUACACCAUUCCGCGGCUGGCGGCGCCGCCACAGCGCCGCCCCGGUGCCAGCGCGGCGGCGGCGGCGGCGGCGGUGCGCGGGCCUGACGCACACGGGCUCUUACUCAUCGGCGAUUUGGGCCUGGAUGCCGACGCGGUCGCCCUGGAGGCCGCCGCCGCCACGCCGUCCGCCGUGCCGUACAGACCGUACCGCCCGCCGCCCAUGGGUUACGCUGACCUGGCGGGACUGCUGUCGCCCGCCGCCGCCGCCGAAGCCGCCGCCGCCGCGGCGGCGGCGGCGGCGGCCGCCGCGGAAGCCGCGGCGGCGGCAGCGAAGGUAGCGGACGGGGCAGGGGCGGCGUCAACGGGCGGCGCGGCUGGGGGCGUUGCGUCGUGCGGGGGUGGCGAGGCAGCUGCGUCGUCGGCGUCGGUGUUUUACGGGGGCGGUGUCAUGGAGGAUGGGACGGAAGGUUUUGGGGAUGAGGAGGAGGAGGAGGAGGAAGAGGAGAGCAGCGAGGAGAGCAGUACCGACGACAGCGAGGGCGGCGGGGGCGGCGGGGGCGGGUGGGCGUCGUCCGGGCGGGGGACGGGUGGCGGCGGGGGCGCGGCUGCCAAGUCGUGGGCGGCACGGGGAUCGGGCCGAGGCGGUUGGGGGCGGUGGGGCCGCUGAGUUGCCCGUGCAAGGUAUCGGCGUGUGGGCGGUGGCUUCUACGUAAGAACAUCAUCAGCAGCCACAGCCGAGAGGCGGCGUGAUUCUCUACAGUAACUUGUAACCCCUGAGGUCU